AAGUUGAGUCUUAGCUCUGCACUCAAAAUGGACAAUUGGGAAAGCUGAAAAGUAACGGACUUGACGGUUGGGAGAUUUCAACAGGAAAAUUGUCUGGCAGCCGCUGUCAAAUUUCCAACCGAGAGCAGAUUGUAGAUUAUUUGUCUUUGGAGGAUACAAACUGCAAAAAUGGUGGCAUAUCUUUUGUCGAGACUCGUUGUACUGGUGUUUGGAACCCUGUAUCCAGCCUAUUACUCCUACAAGGCAGUCAAGACGAGAAAUGUCAAAGAAUAUGUCAAAUGGAUGAUGUAUUGGAUAGUUUUUGCAAUAUUCAGUUGUGUGGAAACAGUAGCGGACAUAUUUGCUUCAAUACUACCGUUUUAUUAUGAAAUAAAGAUUCUUUUCAUAUUUUGGCUGAUCUCACCAUGGACAAAAGGCUCUACAUAUCUGUAUAGAAAAUGCAUUCAUCCUGCAUUAAGUAAAAAAGAACAGGAAAUUGAUGAAUACAUAAACCAAGCCAGUAAAAGGGGCUACGAAGCUCUGAAACGAGUAGGACGCAACGGAAUGACGCUGGCCGCCAACGCUGUUAUGACUUCUGCAAUCAAGGGACAAUCCUCACUGCUGGAUCAGCUGAAGGUGUACUCCGGGAUCGCAAUGGCUGCAGGAACAAUGGAAGAACAGAAGAGGUUGCCACCUCCAGAAACCGACUCACAAGAAGAAGAGGAGGUGGUCAUCAUGGACAAGAGUAAAAGGGGUGCAAGGUCACAGCAGGACGAGUCUGAUCUUGGCACACUGCUCACACCAGAAUUACAUGAACUCGACUACGGUGCAUCGACGCAUGGAGAUCUUCUACAGAGCUUGGAUAAACUAGAUAACAGGUUACGAGAGGAAAAAGAACACGAACAUUACCUCCGCAGCAGUGAGUGGGGCCAUGAAGACAUCCAUCAUCAACCGGACAAUGAUUGGGACGAUAGACCUGACAAGGAUCUGGAAUACCUGAUCUCGGACCAGUACCAUGGUCUACCCCCACAGCCCAAGCCCAGAGCCAAGCCCAGGUCCCCGCCCAGGAAGAAACCGACCCCUCCCUCGCACCCGAUAGACCAAGACAGUGAGAGCAGCGACGUGGAGAGGCCGGCCACGCUACGGAGGUCCACCUCACUCCGGUCGUCCAACAGGUCCAGCAGGUACUCGUCUUCUGAAAACUUGGCUACCUCGAGAGGGCGGUACGCGUCGACGGAGAAUCUAACCAAGAGGCAGUUGAAUCGUAGGCAAGAGAUGAUGACCAGAUCCCUCCGUCAUUCCACUCGGCAAUCUUCAAACCGGGACUCCCAAGAAAGACGUUCACCCUCCCACCAGAAGUGAAGCACCUUGCCCCCCUUUCCCCUCUCACAUCGAAGACACUAGAAAUCAUUUCUGUACUUACAUAACGUAUUUGGGAUCUGAACGAUAAGGCUCUGACGAUAAAUGUUGAAUCGUGGUACUUGUGAAACAUAAUUCAGGUUCUUUUUGAUAUCUCCCAAAAGGAUAGAAAUGAUGUCUGUACUCGAAUGUCAGCAAUGUUUUAGAAUGGCAAGAACGAAAGGUCCAACCUGAAAUCUAAAUGCAGAUAUUGUGUGUUAUGACACAUUUGAAUCAAAAGUGAUAAUCUUGAAGCCUCCCCUCCUACCUUGAGUGACGAAAGAUAGAAAUGUUCACCGCGUUAUGGUUUCUUGAACAUUCAUUCAGAUAUGAUUCUGCUUCACAUCUAAGUGUAAUGGAUCUAUGCCUUCAUGCUAGCAUGUUUUUUAUUUGUUGUGAAAUGAUUUCUGUACUUGGGUUAUGUUACAACAGUAAGAUUCUUGCGGAAAUGGUUUACGGUAAAAGUCCUGGAAAGGACGUAGAGAAAGUAGGUAGGAGUGGAGGUUAGAUAGGGGAGAGAGUGGAGGUUAGAAAGUAAGAUUCUCGACAGUGUGAGUUCUCCUACAAGUGAGAUUCCCAGCUUUAUCUUUUGAAUUCCAGAUAAAACAACAUGAUUUCAUUUGAAAAGAAAGGAAGUCAUUUCUGUAUUUUAAAUGUAACAACAAUCAGAAGUUGGGUGUAAUGGACAGUGUAAUGUCUCCAUAGAUUAAUGGAUUUUUACGAAGCUAUUGCCAGUGAUCAUCACUGAAAUGUGUUAAUCUACGAAUUGCUAGAAUCCUUGCAUCUGAUUGGAGGAGAGCAAAAUCGUCACGGAAAAUGACUGAUAAAUGAAAUGCUCCUUCGGCACUCCUCUGGGGGAUGUUUCACACAGAUUCAAGUCUGACUAAAAAUUGCAUUUAAAUUCCCCAUUGCGUGUGGUAUAUAUUGCAUUGCUUUAUUAAACUUCAAUAUAUUAUGUGCUCUAUUGCAUAUAUUCUUCAAUGUGAUAUGCACCGCACAUUCAUGCUUGAGUAUCGCAUUUAAUCAGACUUUUCUCGUGGUCAAACAGCCCCCUUGUGUUGCUUUAAUACUCUGAGCCACUCUUAGGGAAUACAUCUUCUAUCAAGAAAUUAUUCUUUCAUGGAGGAUGUAAACAUCUUUACUCCAUUAGUGUGGAGUUACAUGAUGAUGACUGGAGAAAUAUGGUCACUGGUGAACAAGUAAUAUGUACUUUUGUGGUCUGUGGAUUUGUUUCCAAUCUAUGGUGUUUUGCUGAAGAGGACAACUCUAUUCUAUGAUUUCAUAGAGAUGUCUAAUAUGUACUAUGGGUAUGGAUGAUGUGAUAGCAGGAUUCUGUCUGUACCAUAGCUAUUAUUAGGUCUGUACUUAAAACAGUCCAUCACCAAAAAAAAAUGAGAAAGAGUGGAUGUUUUAGGUGCCCUUUUGAUGAAUAUUUUUCAUUUUUGUUUUUAUGAUUCUCGUAUGAUUGAAAGAUCAGUCGUUUUUAACUCCCUCCCCAAUUUGAAUUCAAUAUUAUUUUCUUAGAUAUUUUGAGAUAUUUCUUUGAGAUAGGGCUUGCCAAUGAACUGGGAGCUUGGAAGAAAGUCGCUAAUUUAUGAUCAAGUGACAGUCUCUUAUUAGCCAAUCAGAAUCAACCUUUCUAAUGAAUCCAUUUAAGGGGAAGCUUUUCAUUGGCUGAUGCUGAGGGGACUUAAUUGUAAACUGGUCUUGAUAUUAACCUUGUCUUGGUGACUUGUAAUAGUAUUGUUAUUUGACUUGUUUCUGUAGCCACACGAUUCGUUUGAGAAUCUUUGAAAAAUCAAAUUGAGAUAAGUUGAAUGUCAGAAUUAGUUAUUGAAGAAUGUAGAUGGAGAGAUAAAUUUGUCUUGGUUUUCUCUUCCUAAAACAGAUGCACUCUGUCAGGCACUUUGUGGAUCAAAUGCUAAUAUUGAGGUCAGGUGGAAUUUAUUGAGAUUUGAGAUUAGAAUGUAAUGGGAUUGAAUGUAAAUGUUGAGGGUAGUUUUGAUUAAUUACUGAUGAGGUUAAAAUAGAGGUUUAACUGUAAUUUUUCACUUGGAUGUCAUUACAUAUGAAUGUUAGAAAGACUGAUAAAACAUUGAUGGACUUCGGAUGGGAGUUUUUUAAAAUAAUUAUUAUUUUCAUUAUUUAAAAAAAAUUAUCAUGCCAUCGCUUUGCACAGUAUGCACACAAUUAUUUUGAUAUGGCUUGUUUAAACUCAUACACCUUGAGCAACAAAGCAAAUUAUUUCAGGGUACUUCAAAGUUAAAAAUAUUGAUCGUGAAAUCACUGAGAUGUCUGAUUUAAGAAUAUGUUAUGAAUUGAAACCUUUUUUUUUUUGGCUGUUGAUUAUUUGUAUUACCUCAU